AUGAUGCAAGUUACAAAUACUAUAUUCAGAAGGUUAUGUGUGAACAAUGUACCAUGUGCUCGUAAUUUAUUCGGACACGUAUUGAACAAAGUAUUCAACGCCGUGGAUGAAGAUCGCCGCAAAAAAUUUGGACCAGACCGUUCCUGUGCCGAAUGGUUAUUGAGAAACGGAGCAUCAGUCAAAUUUAAAGGUUCAUCAGAACUCCUAACCGAUUAUAACAGUUUGCCAGAUGAAGAUUUUCCGUUGACCAUUGCGGAAGUUGAGGCGGUUGACUCUAGCAUCAGCCAAUAUGGGUUCGGUAAUUUCAGAGGCUGUAAGCAAAUAUGGAAAAUAGCGUUCGUUCGAUGCAAUCUUCUGGACAAUGGGGCAAUGAAAGAACUUUCUGUUCUUACAGAAUCUCUGCGUCAUUUAAAAAUUUCCAACUGUCCUGAUAUCACUGAUGAUGGUCUGUUACAUUUACAAAGUUUGAAAUUGACUGAUUUAGAAUUAUAUAACUUACCGUACGUUAAAGAUAAGGAAACUGUUCUUCAAACUUUGAAAUCCAGUUUACCCAAAUGUAAUAUUAUUUUAGAAUGAGUAAUCACGUAUUUCCUUGGGUGUAAUAACUAAUAUUAUUCAUAUUUGUUAGUUGAUAUUGCAUGUCUAUAUUUAAAGCUUCAACAUGCCGAUCAAUAAAGCUGAUUAAUUGAU